CCAUUCAACAAUCAUCUUUCUUUUCUCUUCCACCUUCUCCCACAAAGUCCUUCCUUUGCUUUUGCUUUAAAAACAAAUAGUAAUAAUAUAUUAAUUUUUAUUAAUUAACAAUGUUAAGAUUAUUUUAAUUUAUUAAAAAGAACUAUAAAUUCUGUUCUCUUUUUGUAACUAUUCUUCUUCCUCCUUUUCCUCCUUCAACAACACAAUCAUUUCAUUUGUGCAUAUUUUGGGGUAAUUAUUGCAAAACUCAGAUACAUGCUAGAGCAGCAGUAGCAGGGUGGUGAGAAAACAAGUUUGGAUCAUAUUCACUCUUCAGAUUAUUGACAGGGAACUAACAAAACACAAAUAACUGGUUGGGUCGGGUUCGGGUUCUCGGAUCUGUUCUCUGGUUCAACCGUUCUUGUUCUUGUUCUUGUGGUGGUGGUGCUCCUUUUGUGGUUGUCUUUUCUAAAUCAUCUCAACAAUUCAUCAUUUUUCAGAAAAUUUGAUCUUUGCAGUUUAGGUGUUCCUAAAGUGAGGUUUGAAUGGCUGGUAUUGAUGAUAAUGUUGCCCUUACUGGUGAUUGGAAUCUUCCUAGCCCGAGUCCAAGAACCCUUUUUUCUAAAAUGUUAGGUGAAGAUAAUGUAACAAGAACAAUCUCAGAACCUCCUGGAAGUGAUAGAACUGGUGAUCUCUUUAUGGGAACUCAUGAUCCGGGUGAGACAGGGGAAGGAAACAUGAAAGAUAGGGCACAAGAUGGUGAUUCUGGUAUCCAUUUGACUGACUCGGGUUUUCGGACCGAGCAGAGGUCGAGCUCACGGGGUGGCCUUGUUGAAAGAAUGGCUGCUAGAGCUGGGUUUAAUGCUCCAAGGUUGAAUACAGAAAGCAUUAGAUCUACUGACCUUUCACUUAAUUCUGACAUUCAGUCUCCUUACUUGACCAUACCACCUGGACUCAGUCCUACUACACUUCUAGAUUCUCCUGUGUUCCUCGCAAAUUCGCUGGCACAGCCAUCUCCAACAACUGGAAAGUUUCCAUUCAUGUCAAAUGGCAACAUCCGGUGCUCAGAAUUAUCAUCUGAUGCUCCAGAAAAAUGCAAAGAUAAUGGCUUUGAGGAUAUCUAUGCAUCAUCCUUUGCUUUCAAGCCUGCAACAGAUUCAGGCUCCUCUUUUUAUUAUGGUGCUGGAAGAAAACUAAAUCCAACUACACUUCCUCAACAAUCCCUUUCUAGUAUUGAGGCUUCAGUUCAAUCGGAAAAUUCAUUUCAAUCUCAAAGUGUCAAUGCAGUAAAAGUUCAAACUGAGAAUAAAAGUGGCCUCCAUCUUCAGGCAGACUUUAUUGAAUCACCUCCUCAAAAAGAUAAUGGAAUUAAGAUGUUCUCAGCUGAUCAAAGGACUUUUGACACUGUUGGUGGUAACAUUGAACAUUCUACACCGCUUGAAGAACAAGCAGAUGAAGAGGGAGAUCAAAGAGGCAAUGGAGACUCAGUGGCUGCUGGUGUUGGUGGUGCACCAUCUGAAGAUGGAUAUAACUGGAGAAAAUAUGGCCAAAAGCAAGUUAAGGGUAGUGAGUACCCCCGAAGUUACUACAAGUGUACACAUCCGAAUUGUCAGGUUAAGAAGAAAGUAGAACGAUCUCAUGAGGGCCACAUAACAGAGAUCAUUUAUAAAGGAACGCAUAACCAUCCAAAACCUCCUCCAAAUCGCCGGUCAGGCAUGGGGUCAGUUAACCCUCUUACUGACAUGCAAGUGGACAAUCUCGAGCAUGUUGAACCACAGAGUGGCGUUGACGGUGACCUGGGCUGGGCUAAUGUACAAAAGGGAAGCAUGACUGGAGCUGCUAAUUGGAAGCAUGACAACCUUGAAGCAACAUCAUCACCAUCUGUCGGCCCUGAAUACUGCAACCAGUCCCCCAAUCUGAAGAAUCAAAAUGGUACUCACUUUGAUUCUGGAGAUGCAGUGGAUGCCUCAUCUACUUUUUCUAAUGAAGAAGAUGAAGAUGAUCAAGGCACUCAUGGUAGCGUAUCAUUAGGUUAUGAUGGGGAAGGAGAUGAAUCAGAAUCUAAAAGAAGGAAACUAGAAUCAUAUGCUACAGAGUUGAGUGGAGCUACCAGAGCUAUUCGUGAGCCUAGAGUUGUUGUACAGACUACCAGCGAAGUAGAUAUCCUCGAUGAUGGUUAUAGGUGGAGGAAAUAUGGACAAAAAGUUGUCAAAGGAAAUCCCAACCCAAGGAGUUACUACAAGUGCACUAAUGCAGGCUGCACAGUAAGGAAGCAUGUGGAGAGAGCAUCACAUGACCUUAAAUCUGUGAUCACUACAUAUGAGGGAAAGCACAAUCAUGAUGUUCCUGCUGCUCGUUCUAGCAGCCAUGUUAAUGCUAACAUAUCUAACAAUGUUCCUGGCCAAGCCUCAGGUAUUCUUCAAACCCAUGUUCAUAGACCUGAACCAUCUCAAGUUCACCACAAUGGCAUAGGAAGGCUUGAGAGACCUUCCAUGGGAUCAUUCAACAUACCUGGGAGGCAGCAGCUAGGACCUUCCCAUGGCUUCUCCUUUGGGAUGAAUCAACCUAUGCUGUCAAACCUGGCAUUGUCAGGAUUGGGCCACACGGCCGCGGGGCAAGCAAAGCUUCCUGGUAUGCCUGUUCAUCCAUACUUUGCAGCACAACAACGCCCUGCAAAUGAAAUGGGUUUCAUGUUACCAAAAGGAGAACCAAAUGUGGAGCCUAUUCCUGAACGUGGCCUUAAUCUGCCUAGUGGCUCAUCAGUUUAUCAAGAAAUUAUGAGUCGCAUGCCUCUUGGACCUCAUAUCUAAAUUUUAUUCCCUUAUUCUUUAAAGAAAACUGAUGUUUACAUUUUAUGAUAUACAUAUAUACAUAUAUAUAUGUAAUGCCCAGGCAUAUAUAGGUGGACUUUUCAUUAGUCUGUCAACGUAAUGUGUGACAUUCUUCAUCACAUGUCAAAGGUGUAUGUAGUUUAUUCUGCAAAUAUAUUGCAUUCAAGGCGUCUUGGUAUCACUGGACUUGUCAACUCCAUGAGGAAUUC